AUGUCCCCAUUCCGCCCCUCCGCCCACGCCCUCAUAACAGGCGGCGCAUCCGGCAUCGGCCACGCCGUCGCCCGCCUCUGCCUCUCCCACUCCAUGCACGUCACCCUCGUCGACAACUCUGCAUCAGCCCUAUCCCACGCGCAAACCACGCUGCAAGACCUCGCCAAAGAAAAGAACGCAACCCUAUCAAUUAUCUGCGCCGACGUGUCUUCCCGCUCUGACUGGGCCCGUAUCAAACAGAUAGUCAACGGCGCUCAAAAUGUAGAUUUCCUCAUGUUGAACGCGGGGGUUGGUGGCGGUGGGAGCGGGAACGGGACGAAGACGUGGGGGGAUAGCGGGUAUUUUGAUGAAGUGUUGGGGACGAAUUUGGGGGGUGUGGUGGAGGGAUUGAAUGUUUUUGUUCCGGGAUUUCUUCGUGACGCUGGGGGGAAAGAUGGUGGCGCGGAUGCGGGUGCGGAUAGGGAAAAGGUAAACAAGGCGAUAGUGGUAACGGGGAGUAAACAGGGUAUCACAAAUCCGCCUGGUAACCCGGCGUAUAAUGCUAGUAAAGCAGCGGUGAAGACGCUUACGGAACAUUUGAGUUGGGAUUUUAGGGGUACGGGCGUGGGGGUGCAUUUGUUGGUGCCGGGGUGGACGUUUACGGGACUUGCCGGCAACACCCCUACCAACACCACACCCAAACCAGACGGCGCAUGGUCCGCCGACCAAGUCGCAGAGUACAUGUAUGAAAAGAUGCAAGAAAACAAAUUCUACAUCGUUUGUCCGGAUGGCCAGGUUACGGAGGAGAUGGAUAGGAAGAGGAUGCUUUGGAGUGUGGGGGAUGUUGUUGAAGGGCGGCCGCCGUUGAGUAGGUGGAGGGAGGAGUGGAAGGGGGAGGUUGAGAGGUGGAUGGAGGGGUGA